CCGGCCGGGCUCUGGCUGCUGGGCUCCCACCUCUCCCGGCCGGCCUCCGGGUGUCACUCAGGACCAACCGCCUAUUGCCUUUACCAGCCCUGUUGACAGUUGAGAGUUCAAAGUCAACGCAAAGAUUCCAGGCUUUCUGGAAUUGUCAAGCUCAUUUCCCAGAGUGGUUGGCUGUACCGUUUCACAUUCCUGACAGCAACAAAUGAGUAAUCCAGUUUCUUGGUCUCCACCUCUCAGCUCACUUGAUGCAAUUUCAUUUCUGGGAGAGAGGCCAGGCUAGGACGUCCUUCAGGCUGUGGCAGAGCCCAAGGCUCCUCCUCACCAUCCUGAGUUCCUCGGUGUCUUUGUCAUGUCUCCAUUGCGUGGUUGACGUGAAUCUGCUGUGUCCUUCUCGGCAAGAUCCAGGAGUUGGUGCCCAGGAGAACCUUGUGAAGGAUAUAAAGCAGGGUGCUCAAAUUAUUGUGACUCCAGAAGACGCAAUUUAUGGAUGGAAUUUUACCAGGGAAACCAUUUUCCCUUACCUGGAGGAUAUCCCAGACCCUCAGGUGGACUGGAUUCCAUGUCAAGACCCCCACAGAUUUGGUCACACGCCAGUACAAGAAAGACUCAGCUGCCUGGCCAAGAACAACUCUAUCUAUGUUUUGGCAAAUAUUGGAGACAAAAAGCCAUGUAAUUCUAAUGACUUCACAUGUCCUCCUAAUGGCUAUUAUCAAUACAAUACUAAUGUGGUAUAUGAUAAAAAUGGACACCUGGUGGCACGUUACCACAAGUACCACCUCUAUUCUGAACCUCAGUUUGAUGUGCCUGAAAAGCCGGAGCUGGUGACUUUCAACACCACCUUUGGAAGGUUGGGCAUUUUCACCUGCUUCGAUAUACUCUUCCACGAUCCUGCUGUGACCCUGGUGAAGGAUCUCCACGUGGACACCAUACUGUUUCCCACAGCUUGGAUGAAUGUCUUGCCCCUUUUAACAGCUAUUGAAUUCCAUUCAGCUUGGGCAAUGGGAAUGAGAGUCAAUCUUCUUGUGGCCAAUACACAUCAUGUCCGCCUAAAUAUGACAGGCAGUGGCAUUUAUGCACCACAGUCUCCCAAAGUAUACCACUACGAUAUGGACACGGAGCUGGGAAAGAUCCUUCUUUCAGAAGUGGAUUCGCAUCCUCGAAGCUCACCUGCCUACCCAGCGGCUGUGAACUGGAGUGACUAUGCCACGACCAUCAAACCAUUCCCAGUACAGAAAAACACUUUCAGGGGAUUUAUUUCCCGGGAUGCGUUCAACUUCACAGAACUUUCUGCAAUUGCAGGAAACCUUACAGUCUGUCAAAAAGAUCUCUGCUGUCAUUUAAGCUAUGGAAUGUUAAGAAAAGAAGAGAAUGAAGUAUACGCUCUAGGAGCUUUCUCAGGACUUCAUGGCCGAAGGAGAAGAGAGUAUUGGCAGGUAUGCACAAUGCUGAAAUGCAAAACAACUAAUUUGACAACUUGUGGACAACCAGUAGAAACUGCUGUGACAAGAUUUAAUAUAUUCUCCCUAAGUGGCACAUUUGGAACAGAGUAUGUUUUUCCUGAAGUGCUACUUACUAAAAUUCAUCUGUCACCUGGAAAAUUUGAGGUACUAAAAGAUGGGCGCUUGAUAAACAAGAAUGGAACAUCUGAGCCUAUCCUAACAGUGACACUCUUUGGGAGGUGGUACGCUAAGGACUCACAUUCCGUCUCAGGAGGGAUCAGCAAUUUGGAAACAACUUACCUGUUAAUAUCCACUUUAUCAAUGAUCAUAGCUUUACAAAUAUUGUGAUAGUAUAGGAUAUCUCUUUAUCACAUUUAUUUGUGCUGUAUAUAUUUUGCUAAAUGUGUUUAUCAGCUUUCCAAAUUACUAAAAAAUUCUGAAGGGCCAUCUCUGUAGUAUAGACCAAUGAUUUCUAAAUAUGUAUUUUUCUCAUCUUGAAUUAUUUUUAACUAUUUUGGUAAAUUUAUCCCCUUGUGCUUAGGUCAGAUGAAUGGGAAUCAAAUCUUAGCUCUAACUUUAUUUGCUGUGUGACCUUGUGUGUGCUUGUGUGCUUUUGUGCGUGAAAGGAAGAGUGAAGAGCUUCAGGGUCAUUGUAAACAUAGUUGUGGCCUUUGAAAAAAAGAGCACUGAUGAAAAUUGAGUUUUAUGACUGAAUUCCAUUUGACAUUAAAGACAAUUUGAAUUAA